UUGGCUGGGAGUUGAAACCCCAGGCUAGAAGGCGACCCUUGGACUUUUUAGGUCUGAUGGCGGGCCUAUGCUGGUGUGGGAAUAACACCGCUGGUCUCAGCUGGAGGUCGCCAGCCCUUUGCAAGAGCCUGCCGGUCCCCGCGGGCUGCAGCACACCCCGUCGCGCUGUGCCCUGCCUGUGUCUGCCGGGGGCUGUAGUGCGCAGGAGCGGAAACCAGGCCGCCCUUCCCCCACCCGCUUCCGGCCGCGGCUCGGUUCUCCCGCCUCCGCCUCCGCCGCGGCUCGUGGUUGUCCCGCCAUGGCACUGUCGCGGGGGCUGCCCCGGGAGCUGGCUGAGGCGGUGGCCGGGGGCCGGGUGCUGGUGGUGGGGGCGGGCGGCAUUGGCUGCGAGCUCCUCAAGAAUCUCGUGCUCACCGGUUUCUCCCACAUCGACCUGCCACCAGGGUCUCACUAUUUUGCUUAGGCUGGUCUUGAAGGUCUGGGCUCAAGCGAUUCUCUCACUUUGUCCUCCCAAAGUGUUGGGAUUACAGAUUGAUCUGGAUACUAUUGAUGUAAGCAACCUCAACAGACAGUUUUUGUUUCAAAAGAAACAUGUUGGAAGAUCAAAGGCACAGGUUGCCAAGGAAAGUGUACUGCAGUUUUACCCGAAAGCUAAUAUCGUUGCCUACCAUGACAGCAUCAUGAACCCUGACUAUAAUGUGGAAUUUUUCCGACAGUUUAUACUGGUUAUGAAUGCUUUAGAUAACAGAGCUGCCCGAAACCAUGUUAAUAGAAUGUGCCUGGCAGCUGAUGUUCCUCUUAUUGAAAGUGGAACAGCUGGGUAUCUUGGACAAGUAACUACUAUCAAAAAGGGUGUGACCGAGUGUUAUGAGUGUCAUCCUAAGCCGACCCAGAGAACCUUUCCUGGCUGUACAAUUCGUAACACACCUUCAGAACCUAUACAUUGCAUCGUUUGGGCAAAGUACUUGUUCAACCAGUUGUUUGGGGAAGAAGAUGCUGAUCAAGAAGUAUCUCCUGACAGAGCUGACCCUGAAGCUGCCUGGGAACCAACGGAAGCCGAAGCCAGAGCUAGAGCAUCUAAUGAAGAUGGUGACAUUAAACGUAUUUCUACUAAGGAAUGGGCUAAGUCAACUGGAUAUGAUCCAGUUAAACUUUUUACCAAGCUUUUUAAAGAUGACAUCAGGUAUCUGUUGACAAUGGACAAACUAUGGCGGAAAAGGAAACCUCCAGUUCCGUUGGACUGGGCUGAAGUACAAAGUCAAGGAGAAGAAACGAAUGCAUCAGAUCAACAGAAUGAACCCCAGUUAGGCCUGAAAGACCAGCAGGUUCUAGAUGUAAAGAGCUAUGCACGUCUUUUUUCAAAGAGCAUCGAGACUUUGAGAGUUCAUUUAGCAGAAAAGGGGGAUGGAGCUGAGCUCAUAUGGGAUAAGGAUGACCCAUCUGCAAUGGAUUUUGUCACCUCUGCUGCAAACCUCAGGAUGCAUAUUUUCAGUAUGAAUAUGAAGAGUAGAUUUGAUAUCAAAUCAAUGGCAGGGAACAUUAUUCCUGCUAUUGCUACUACUAAUGCAGUGAUUGCUGGGUUGAUAGUAUUGGAAGGAUUGAAGAUUUUAUCAGGAAAAAUAGACCAGUGCAGAACAAUUUUUUUGAAUAAACAACCAAACCCAAGAAAGAAGCUUCUUGUGCCUUGUGCACUGGAUCCUCCCAACCCCAAUUGUUACGUAUGUGCCAGCAAGCCAGAGGUGACUGUGCGGCUGAAUGUCCAUAAAGUGACUGUUCUCACCUUACAAGACAAGAUAGUGAAAGAAAAAUUUGCUAUGGUAGCACCAGAUGUCCAAAUUGAAGAUGGGAAAGGAACAAUCCUAAUAUCUUCCGAAGAGGGAGAGACGGAAGCUAAUAAUCACAAGAAGUUGUCAGAAUUUGGAAUUAGAAAUGGCAGCCGGCUUCAAGCAGAUGACUUCCUCCAGGACUAUACUUUAUUGAUCAACAUCCUUCAUAGUGAAGACCUAGGAAAGGAUGUUGAAUUUGAAGUUGUUGGUGAUGCCCCGGAAAAAGUGGGGCCCAAACAAGCUGAAGAUGCUGCCAAAAGCAUAACCAAUGGCAGUGAUGAUGGAGCUCAGCCCUCCACCUCCACAGCUCAAGAGCAAGAUGACGUUCUCAUAGUUGAUUCGGAUGAAGAAGAUUCUUCAAAUAAUGCCGACGUCAGUGAAGAAGAGAGAAGCCGCAAGAGGAAAUUAGAUGAGAAAGAGAAUCUCAGUGCAAAGAGGUCACGUAUAGAACAGAAGGAAGAGCUUGAUGAUGUCAUAGCAUUAGAUUGAACAGAAAUGCCUCUAAACAGAACCCUCUUACUACUUAGUUUAUCUGGGCAGAACCAGAUUGUUAUGUCCUUUGUUCCAAAGGGAAAAAAUUGACACCAGUGACUUGAAAAUGAUUCUGCUCCCUUUGAAAGCAUUCAUUUUGCUAGAACUGUUAGACACAUUGCAGUAUGCUGUAUUGAAAGUAGGAAUAUAGUUUUAAAAACCCUUUGAACAAAGUGUGUGCAUAACCAGUCAUGAGAUAAAACAACACAAUGCAUGUUGCCUUUUUAAUGUAAAUACCCUUAGGUAUCAUUAAUAGUUUCAAAAUAUUGUGGUUUAGUAAAGUUGAUACCUGGUUAUAAAUAUUAUGCCUUUAUUUUUGGCUAGAAGAAGAAUUAUUUUUAGCCUAGAUCUAACCAUUUUCAUACUCUUAACUGAUUGAAACAGAUUCAAAGAAGUAUCGAGUGCUAUGCAUUGAAACUUGUUUUUAAAUGUUAAAUGGCACUAUGUAUAUUAAUGUAAAACAAUGUUAAUUUACUCAAGUUUUCAGUUUGUACUGCCUGGUAUGUCUGUGUAAGAAGCCAAUUUUUGUGUAUUGUUACAGUUUCAGGUUAUUUAUAUUCGAUGUUUUGUAAAACUCAAAUAACGACUAUACUUAUGGACCAAAUAAAUGGCAUCUGCAUUCUUGUUA